GCGAUACGACAGUUCCGCUCCAGGAGAUGAACAGUAUCGGCCUCUUCCAUACCACAAGCUCAGGGACGACAUAGAGCGACAAUCGCUCGAUGCUAGAGAAGAGAAACCAGUGUAGCCAAAGGACUUCCGCAGGGGGGCAGCAAAUACGGCAAACGGUAUAUUCCUUCUUUGCCUAGGAGAGCCUUCUUCUAAUAACACACAGGCAACGCCUCAGAUGCUGUACGCGAUCAGAUGAUACGUCACGACCCGAAGUGGGCCACGUUCAACAACGCAUAUAUCAACGAGAAAAUUACGUUCCACCUUCAAAACGCGUUCCUGGAGGAGCCGACCGAGGACAGCCUGCUCAAGAUGCUCUCGCAUAUCGGCCACAUGCGUGACCCCCGCGCAAGGAAGGAUAUGGUUCCCAAUGAGGUCUGGGAGAUGAUGCCACCUAAUCCAGAGAUCGAGGCGCUAAAGGCGGAGAGGAACCAUCUCAAAGGCGGCCGAUACCGCAUCAGAGGCAUAGAAAACGAGGAGCGGAUUCGCAAGCUCGGCACGUUGAUCGCGACAAAGGAGGCGCAGCGUAGGAAGAGGAUCCGGCAAGGGUACCGGGCAGAUUACUUCUACAACCGCCCGACUUGGGACAUUGAGAGACAGGCCAGCGAGGAUGAGGAUGAGGAAGAGGAGGAAUACCUUGAGCCGAUUGUCGACCUACAGAUACCAGAACGUGCUCAGCUCGCCGAGAUCCUCUGUAGCCAGCCGGAUGACUUGAGCGGUAUAGAGCUGCGUGAACUCCGCAUCUAGGCGGUUGAGCUUAUGGAUUCCUUGUGCGGCAAGCGAGAGACCGCGAGACGGAAUUAUAUCCGACGGAGGGCGCA